AUGGCUUCUGUGUUGAUUCGGAGGAAGUUUGGGACAGCUGAAGGAGACAGCGAAGCUGAACCUUCGUGGCUGAAGCGCCAAGUGACUGGUUGUCUGCAGUCCAUCUCUCGUCGCGCUUGCAUUCAUCCUAUCCACACAAUCGUUGUGAUUGCCCUUCUCGCCAGUACGACCUAUGUUGGCCUGCUCGAAGGUAGCUUAUUUGACUCAUUCAGAAACUCCAAACAUGGUGCCGGCCAGGUGGAUGUAGACUCCCUUCUUCUUGGGAAUAGGAGCCUCCGGUUGGGCGAAGGCACGUCCUGGAAGUGGCAAGUGGAAGAUUCAUUGAACCAGGAGGACUACAAGGUUGACCAGCAUCUUGCCUUGACGACUUUGAUCUUUCCGGAUUCUGUAUCCAAGUCCGCGUCGAUCGCGCCCGUUGCCGACACCAUCCCGGUCCCCGCUAAUGCAUCCGCUCAGCGCCUCCCUCAUACUCCUAAUCUCUUUUCUCCCUUUUCACACGACUCGUCCCUUGUCUUCACUCUCCCGUUUGACCAAGUCCCUCAAUUCUUAAGGGCGGUCCAAGAGCUUCCUGACCCUACAGUUGAAGAUGACGAAGAGGAGCAAAAGAGAUGGAUUAUGCGCGGUACUCGUGGUCCCAUCAGCGGACCUAACGGAACCGUCAGCUCCUGGGUCUCGGACGCGUGGAGUUCUUUCGUCGACCUGAUCAAGCAUGCCGAAACCAUUGAUAUCGUCAUCAUGACCCUAGGCUACUUUGCCAUGCACCUCAGUUUCGCGUCCCUCUUUUUCUCUAUGAAACAGCUGGGAUCGAAAUUCUGGCUGGCGACCACUGUCCUUUUCUCCGGCAUGUUCGCUUUCCUAUUUGGUCUCCUCGUUACCACCAAGUUCGGCGUUCCCAUCAAUGUACUCCUUCUGUCUGAAGGCCUUCCAUUCCUUGUCACCACGAUUGGGUUUGAGAAGCCAAUCAUUCUCACCAGGGCCGUUCUCAAUGCUUCAGUUGACAAGAAACGACAAGGUUCAGCCACAUCGACUCCCAACUCUAUCCAGGACUCAAUCCAGACUGCCAUCAGAGAGCAAGGUUUCGAAAUUGUUCGGGACUACUGUAUCGAGAUCUCUAUCCUCGUCGCGGGGGCUGCUUCCGGAGUCCAGGGUGGUCUGAGACAAUUCUGCUUCCUUGCGGCGUGGAUCCUCUUCUUCGACUGCCUUCUGCUCUUUACUUUCUACACGACCAUUCUCUGCAUCAAACUUGAGAUUACACGUAUUAGACGCCAUGUUACCCUUCGCAAGGCUCUUGAGGAGGAUGGCAUCACUCAGAGCGUUGCUGAGAAGGUUGCUUCGAGCAAUGAUUGGUUUGGCACAGGAUCAGACAAUGGUGAUGCUGAUGAUACCAGUGUUUUUGGACGAAAAAUCAAGUCGAACAAUGUGCGCCGGUUCAAGUUCCUCAUGGUCGGAGGUUUCGUACUGGUCAAUGUGGUGAACAUGACCGCAAUUCCCUUCCGGAAUUCGAGCUUGUCUCCUCUGUGCAAUGUUUUUGCACCUACGCCUAUUGAUCCCUUCAAGGUUGCUGAGAACGGUCUGGAUGCGAUUUAUGUUUCCGCCAAGAGCCAGAAACUGGAGACAAUUGUGACGGUUGUUCCGCCUAUCAAAUACAAACUUGAAUAUCCUUCGGUGCAUUACGCUAAGCUCGGAGAGAGCCAGUCUCUUGAGAUUGAGUACACUGAUCAGCUUCUGGAUGCAGUGGGUGGGCAAGUCCUCAACGGCGUUCUGAAGAGCAUCGAAGACCCAAUCAUCAGCAAGUGGAUUAUUGCUGUGUUGACUCUGAGCAUUGUUUUGAACGGCUAUCUUUUCAACGCUGCGAGGUGGAGCAUCAAGGAACCGCAACCCACUCCCGCUCCCAAGGAACCGGUUAAGCCCAAGGUCUAUCCGAAAGUUGAUCUGAACGCAGGUCCUAAGAGGAGCAUGGAGGAAUGUGAGGCAAUGCUGAAAGCGAAGAAGGCGUCUUACCUUAGUGAUGAAGAACUGAUUGAACUGUCCCUCUGCGGCAAACUUCCUGGAUACGCUCUGGAGAAGUCGCUGGAAAACGAGGAAUUGAUGAGCCGUGUUGAUGCCUUCACCCGGGCAGUCAAGAUUCGCAGGGCUGUGAUCUCAAGGACACCCGCCACGUCUGCUGUCACGAGUUCGUUGGAGACGUCUAAGGUGCCCUUCAAAGACUACAACUACGGGCUUGUCCACGGUGCUUGCUGCGAAAACGUUAUUGGGAACCUGCCUCUGCCUCUUGGUGUCGCUGGGCCUCUCACUAUUGACGGUCAAAGCUAUUUCAUCCCCAUGGCGACUACUGAAGGUGUCCUGGUGGCCAGUGCCAGUCGAGGCGCUAAGGCUAUUAACGCCGGUGGUGGUGCAGUUACUGUCUUGACUGGCGAUGGGAUGACUCGCGGCCCUUGUGUCGGAUUCCCUACACUUGCGCGGGCGGCUGCAGCCAAGGUUUGGCUUGACUCUGAGGAGGGUAAGAGUGUCAUGACGGCAGCAUUCAACUCGACUAGUCGCUUCGCCCGGUUGCAGCACCUGAAGACUGCUCUUGCUGGUACCUAUCUUUACAUUCGAUUCAAGACUACUACUGGUGAUGCCAUGGGUAUGAACAUGAUCUCGAAGGGUGUUGAGAAGGCCCUCCACAUCAUGGCCACUGAAUGCGGUUUUGACGAUAUGGCCACAAUUUCUGUGUCUGGUAACUUCUGUACCGACAAGAAAGCAGCUGCUCUCAACUGGAUUGAUGGUCGCGGCAAAUCUGUUGUGGCAGAGGCUAUUAUUCCCGGUGAUGUCGUUCGCAACGUGCUGAAGAGUGACGUGGAUGCCUUGGUUGAAUUGAACACCAGCAAGAACUUGAUUGGAAGUGCCAUGGCAGGCAGUCUGGGUGGAUUCAACGCGCACGCAUCGAACAUUGUUACAGCAAUCUUCCUUGCCACUGGUCAGGAUCCCGCUCAGAACGUUGAGAGCAGCAGCUGCAUUACCACAAUGAAGAAUACAAACGGUAAUCUCCAGAUCGCUGUGUCUAUGCCUUCAAUUGAGGUCGGUACCAUCGGUGGUGGCACUAUUCUUGAAGCCCAGUCUGCCAUGCUUGACUUCCUAGGCGUUCGUGGCUCUCACCCCACCAACCCUGGCGACAACGCGCGCCAACUGGCUCGUAUCGUGGCAGCCGCAGUGCUUGCCGGAGAACUGAGUCUGUGCUCUGCACUUGCGGCAGGACAUCUAGUUAGAGCGCACAUGGCCCAUAACCGCAGUUCUGCUCCAACCCGGUCAGCGACACCGGUCUCAGCAGCUGUAGGUGCCACCCGGGGACUGACCAUGACAUCUUCGAGAUAA